UGCUGCGAAAUCAGCUUUCGGGGAAGCACCGCAUAAUCAGAGGGCGGGAUGUUUCUGGGCUUCUUGGUGGAUCUGCUAUAUUGCCGGCGCUGCGGCGGCGACUGUAUGAUGGAGUUUCCAUCGACUCCGUCGAUGGAGGAAGCAGCGCCCAAAGUGGUGAAGGUUGAACUGCCGCCGCUGCCGCCACUGACCUUUGAACUCAUCUGCCAUCCGUGGGCUGGCGAGCAGGAGUGGCAGGAUGAUGGCUUCGAUGCCUUCGAUGGCUUCGAUGGUUUCGAUGAUCCCAGGCUGCCGGAAACCAUCAUUUGAUUCAAAACAAAGCCCAACGCUCGCUGCCCGCACUCCACUUCAUUUGGUUUAAUUAAAACUCUUUUUGCCAUAAUCCAAUUAAGACCAAAGGCAAAAACCAAAUGACAACAAAUGGCAUAAUGGCCAGACAACAAAACAGCCGGCAAAAAAAUAGAAAAACUCGACAAAACUCAAACAAAGCUGCGCA